CUCGCCAUGUUCACAGGGUAGACAUUUAAGUCUACCAACAUAAUAAAACAAAAAUCUUCAAAUCUCUACUUUAUCGACCCGGCAAUUUUGUGUGGGCUUUCUAUUCAUCUCAAAUUGUAAUUUUACUUGAAAGUGUCUAAUUGAAAUAAUAUUAAUUUAAAAAACUUAUAUGUAUUCACAAAUAAUUAUCAAAAAUAUACUUAAAUGUUAAACAAUCUAAAGAAUCAUUUAAUUCAAUCAUGAAAUGAUUUGAAAGAUAUUGAGGUUAACUAGAAAUAUAAAAAUGAAAUCAUCAAUAGUUUUUGUUACUGUGGGAACAACAAAAUUUGAUAAAUUAAUUAAAACUAUUCUGUGUGAUGAUAUAUUGAAUGAAUUAAAUAAAAGAGGAUAUAAUCAUUUGAUAUUACAAAUUGGGAAUACUACCAUAGAACCUGAUUGUACUCCUCGAUGUGGUUUUACUGCCAUUGAAGUAUUCAAACUAAAACCAUCACUCGAACAAUAUAUGACUUCUGCUGAUUUAGUUAUUAGUCAUGCUGGUGCAGGGAGUUGUUUAGAAGCCUUGGAGGCAAAAAAACCUUUGAUUGUUGUAAUAAAUGAUCUAUUAAUGGAUAACCAUCAAUAUGAGCUAGCUGAACAGUUGUGUAAAGAUAAUCAUUUAUAUCAAUGUACAUGUGACACACUUCUAGAGCUUCUAAAGACUAUGGAUUUAUCAAAGCUCCAACCAUUCAUAAAUAAUAGAAGUAAAGAAAUAGCUCAAAUUAUAGAUCACAUAUUGGGAUAUUCGUAGGUUUAUUUAUUUCUUCAACGUUACUUACAAUAAGCGCAUUGUUAUUUAAUAACAGUACAUAGAAAUAUGCUCUGUGGAUGAUUGAGUAGUUUGUGGCAAAAUCAAUUAAAAAUUGAUGUAAUAUUUUUGUAAAAUUAAG